AACGGCCGGUUCAGUUUGCGAGCGACACCGAUCCGCGAGAGUCGCAUGACAGCGCAACGGACCCGGGCGCGGGAAAACUUUACGUUAUGGCGGGAAAAUAGUUCUCCGACAUUUUGAAAAUAAAAAAAGGGUUGCUAGUAAUGAUUACAAAGGUUUUUUAAAGUGCAAAUAUUGAGAACUUGGACACCAUGAAAAAUUAUACCUGGAAUAAAUGGCACUUGUGGUGUUUGUUGAUGCUGUCCAUGAAGAGUGUUCAAGCAGACCGGUUCACGCUGGGGUACAUUACCGGCUCGCAGCGGAGGCCUGGAGACCUCAGCUACCAAAGGCCCGGUCGAGUCAUCUCAGGCGCAAUAUCAAUGGCAGUGGAAGAGGUGAACGAAAAAUUGCUGGGGCCGAUGGGCCACUCGUUGGACUUCAUUGUCGCGGAGACUUACGGCCAGGAAGAAGUCUCCAUCCGACAGGUGGCAGCGUUAUGGGCAGCCAAUGUGUCCGCCUUCAUCGGGCCUCAGGAGACCUGCGUACACGAGGGACGCAUGGCAGCUGCUUUUAACCUACCCAUGAUCAGCUAUUAUUGUCGUGACGUGGCGUCAUCGAACAAGCGCGUGUACGCAACGUUCGCGCGCACGCGCCCCUCUGACAUCGACAUCUCACGCUCGGUCGUGGCUGUCCUCACGCACUUCAAUUUCAUGCAUGUAGCGUUCGUGUACCUAAAGGCCCCGAACCACGACUUCUCGAGACUCGCUCUGGCCAUCAUAGCUGCUGCUAGAGAGAAGCAAAUAUCCAUUCGGACCGUUCAAGUGUAUAGACAACCUUACUACUACGAGAACAGACGGGAAAACUUCACUCGUAACCCCUUCCUGGACAUCGUUAGAGACACCUAUAAGGAUACUCGAAUUUACGUGUCGGUGGGCUAUUACCACGACCACAUCGGCCUCAUGCUAGCUCUGGAGGCUAUGCAGCUCUUGGAUUCUGGAGAAUACGCAGCAAUAGGGGUGGACGUCGACAAAUACGAGUCUGAUGAAGCAGUACGCUACUUGGCCGGUCCCCUGCGCAAGGAGCCCGCAGACAGGACCCUGAGGGCGUUCAGGUCUUACCUCGCAGUCGCCCCCUCACCGUCACCGUCAUACCCUAUCUUCGCCAAGGAAGUGAACAGACGACUUCAGAUGCCUCCGUUCAAUUUCACCAAUCCACUACUUGCGUUUGGUGGGGGGAAAGUGAUCCCGGUAGAGGCGGCCUGGCUCCACGAUGCAGUGUGGGUGUAUGCGCGUGCACUGGCCGAGGCCCUGAGUACGGGGGAAGGCGCACGCGACGGACGAGCUAUAGCCACACGGAUGAGGAACACCACCUAUCGCAGUGUUAUGGGGUACUGGAUUCACAUGGACGAAUGCGGCGACGCGGAGGGCAACUACACUCUCCUCUCCAUGGAUCCCUCUCGGCCUCCCGGACUGUAUCCUCUUGCUGUUCUGCAUAAAUCUGCUCCUGAGGUGAGAUUUCUGCGCGAAUUGAAAUGGCCUGGCGGACGGGUGCCAUUAUCGGAACCCCCGUGCGGCUUCAGAGGCGAAAAGUGUGCAAGUCACGUGGGCGCGUGGGCACUCGGCGCAUGCGGCGGUACUCUAGCCCUGUUAGUACUGGCCGCACUAGCUCUGUACCGCGGGUGGCGUUACGAGCAGGAGCUGGACUCGCUGCUCUGGAAGAUCGACUUCCGAGACCUGCACCUACCCGAGGAAGACCAGCGCAACAAACUGAAUAGCAGCGCGGUGGUGAACGUCAAUCCCUCGUCUAACACCACGACUAACUCCGAGAAAGGUGGAGCAGGCGGCAGCACAGGUGGCGUAAGGUCUAGUCAAGUGUCCCUGAGCUCGAACCCAGACCUGGACUUCCGCUACUCGGCCAUCUUCACGGAGGUGGCUUUCUACCGGGGUAGGCUGCUGGCGGUGAAGAGAGUCAGGCGACAUCACAUCGACAUCAACCGGGAGAUCAAGAAGGAACUUAAGAUUAUGCGGGACUUGCAGCAUGAUAACGUCAAUGGAUUUGUGGGCGCCUGUAUUGAGCCACCGAAUGUGUGUGCCCUGUCGGAAUACUGCACGCGUGGCAGUCUCAAGGAUAUCUUAGAAAACGAAGACAUCAAGUUAGACAACAUGUUCAUUGCGUCUCUCGUCGGCGAUAUUAUUAGGGGCAUGAUAUUCAUCCAGGAGUCUCCGAUCCAGUACCACGGGGCGCUGCGGCCGUCCAACUGCCUGGUGGACGCGCGCUGGGUGGUCAAACUCGCGGACUUCGGCCUCCGAGAGUUCAGGAGAGGAGAGUCACCACCUACCGAGCCCAAUGCCUUGCGGGCACAUGUUGAAAGUGCCAUGUCUGAACAAGGAAUUGAAAAGAGCUACGAAACUUUCGAAUCCGAAUUGUUAUUAGGUCUAGUCUACCUGUCACCCGAACUGCUCCGUUCAGCGGGUUGGGGAAUAGAUUCGUUCCCUGUAACAGAAGACGUCCGUGAUGGUUCCCCAGCCUCAGACGUAUACGCUUUUGGACUGGUGUUGUAUGAGCUCCACACGAGAAGGGGGCCUUUCGGACCUGAUGCUCCGCCCGCGCCGACACUGCUAAGGAAAAUUGCCAAGCCUGAACCAACGCCUUACAGGCCGCCUCUAGAUCCUUUAGCGGACCGUUUCGACUGCGUACGUGAAUGUUGCUGUGAAUGUUGGCUGGAAGAACCGACGGCUCGGCCGGACUUUAAGUCUGUGCGCACUAAACUUAGACCACUUCGGAAAGGAAUGAAACCAAAUAUAUUCGACAACAUGAUAGCAAUGAUGGAGAAAUACGCAAACAACUUGGAAGUAUUAGUGGACGAACGUACAGAUCAGUUGCAGGAAGAGAAAAAGAAAACAGAGGCUUUAUUAGAAGAAAUGUUACCAGCGCCAGUAGCCGACCAGCUGAAGAGAGGUCGACGGGUGUUGCCAGAGAGCUAUGAUUCUGUAACCAUCUACUUCAGUGAUAUUGUUGGCUUCACCGCCAUGUCUGCUGAGAGUACGCCGCUUCAGGUGGUAGAUUUCUUGAACGACCUGUACACGUGCUUCGAUUCUAUUUUAGAAAACUUCGACGUUUAUAAAGUUGAGACCAUCGGAGACGCGUAUAUGGUUGUGUCAGGGCUUCCGAUCCGUAACGGCAUCGAGCACGCGGGGGAAGUAGCGUCCAUGGCGCUGGCGCUUCUCUCCGCAACAAGAGUGUUUCGAGUGCGACACCGCCCCGACCACCGCCUGCUGUUACGAGUGGGGCUACAUUCCGGUCCUGUUUGUGCAGGAGUAGUAGGAUUAAAGAUGCCGAGAUAUUGCCUGUUUGGUGAUACAGUGAACACGGCGAGUCGUUUUGAGUCAACAGGCGCACCUCUCAAAAUCCACUGCAGUGCAGCAUGUAAAACAUUACUAGAUCAACUGGGUGGAUAUAUUCUGGAGGAGCGAGGAGUAGUGUCUAUGAAAGGCAAACGUGAUCAGGUGACUUACUGGCUUCGAGGGGAGGAACCGAAAGCAGCGGCGAUGCGGGCGAGGCGGCGGGCACAGAGAGACGACACCAUACAACCUCUAGUCAUGGAGAAACGCGGACAACGUAGCUCCUUGAAGAGCCGCAACUGGAAGAACCAAGUCGGAGGGUUGCAUAGGUGUUGUAGUUUAGAAUCUCCAAAGAAAUUAAGAUUCGCGUCCGGAAGCCACCUGGAAUCUCAUACAGACAGCGUGUUACAUCACAGGAGUGAUGAAUAUCUAAUGGAGGUGAUAGGCGACGGCCGUUUAGCUCCAGUGCAACGUGGCGACUUACUAGAGACUCCUUAUCUCCGGCACGAGUACACGAGCGUGUCGUGCCCCAUCAUAGAGCACGCAGAGACCGCGCCCGCGCCCCCAGCCGCCACCUCCUGCACCCCCCUGCUCCCCGAGAAGACACCCCCAGAUGAGCACACACCCCCCGACAAUCCCCCAUGUGACAUCAAACUCGUCAUCAACGGCUGCACUUACAACGAACGGGAGGCCGGCAUACCCCUCCUAGCGGACGCGUAAAUGUACUUAUCUAACCUAGUCAAUAGCUGUUACUAGAAAAGCUGCUGCGAUUGGACUCGAAGCUCAAAGUUGUAGCAUUUAUUAUCUAGUGCGGCGUUAUUUAUUGGGAGCAAUUGUUCCCUUCGGACUCGGAAAGAUACUGUAGAAUUGUAUGUGUAUGGUAUCGUUAUGUGCAUUCGCCCAAGGCGUCCUAUUCUUCCGAGUCCACCAAGCUCUCCAUUCGUCAUGAACGUGACACCAAUAGCGUUAAUGUGAUCUAUGUCAGUAUUAUUAAGAGACCUUAUUCAAUAGAAAUUAUUUAAUAACAUUAAACUCUUAUUUCACAAUUCA